GUGGAAGAUAAGAUCCAUACACAUUACGUGUAUAGAGAUCUUGUUGGUGAAUAUAAUUUAUAUGGAGCUGAAAGCUGGAUUAAGGAGCUUCAAAGAAUGUGCGAGAGAUCUUUAGGCUCUAAUGUUGAAGCAAUACCUGUUGAAGAAACUAUAGGAGUGAUCCAAACACUUGAAGGGAGGAAUAGUGUGAUAAAGCUUGCUGAUAGAAUGGUGAAGAUGUUUUGUGAAUGCUUAACAAUGCCUGGUCAAGUGGAAUUGAACCAUUUAACUCUUGAUAGCAUUGGUGGGGUUAGAGUCUCUAUUCGCGCAACCACCGACGAUGAUGCAAGCCAGCCAAAUGGCACUGUUGUUACUGCUGCUACCACCCUUUGGCUCCCUCUGCCUGCUCAGAAAGUUUUUGAAUUCCUCAAAGAUCCUACAAAACGAUCACAGUGGAAUGGUCUUUCUUGUGGAAAUCCAAUGCAUGAAAUUGCACACAUUUCAAAUGGACCCUAUCAUGGCAACUGCAUUUCAGUUAUUAAGUCAUUCAUCCCUACUCAGAGGCAAAUGGUGAUUCUACAAGAAAGUUUCACAUCAUCCGUGGGGUCAUAUGUUAUAUAUGCUCCAAUUGACAGAAAAACUAUGGAUGUGGCUUUAAGAGGUGAAGACUCCAAAGAGUUACCAAUCCUUCCAUAUGGUCUUAUUGUCUGUUCAAAGAACCAAGCAAAUCUUAAUGCACCAUUUGGAGCAUCUAAGAGCAUUGAAGAUGGCUCAUUGAUUACUUUGGCAGCCCAAACAUAUGCAAUUGGCCAAGUGCUUAAUGUGGAUUCUCUUAAUGAUAUCAACAGUCAAUUGGCAUCUACUAUUCUAAAUGUGAAGGAUGCUCUUAUGAGUUCUAUUUAA